GCAAAGCAAUGCUCAAUUAAGGCUUUUUUGUGUCAUGGGUCUACUUUCCAUAAUAGGACUUCUAAUUAUGAUUCAGUAUAGCAGGAAAAUACAAGUAACAUUUUCGAAAUAUCGCAUCAAUCAUACAAAAAAUCACAUGGAUUUUAGUAGGGAUCAUGUGGGGUUCCAAAGAAAAGGAUAUAGGAAUAAAAACCAAGUUACAAGGCUUCAAAUACAAAAGAUUAUUUCUACAACGAAUAAGCCAUCUACCAAAACUCAAACAAUAAGUAAAGAUCAGUUGUCAGGCUUCAAUGAAAUACUGCAGGCUCGGAAAGUUGAAUCUGACAAAUAUAUCGUGUACAUGUGUAAAAAUUAUUGUGGAGGUUUGGGCGACAGAUUAAAGGGUAUAUAUAGUACAUUUUGGCUAGCAAUGGCUCUCAAACGGAAAUUCCGUAUUAUUUCCACAAAUCCAUGUGAUCUAUACAAUCAACUAGGUGAAAAUCACGAGCCUUGGCAUGGAUCUAUUACUCACGAUUUGAAAAACAGAACCAUACAUAUGAUCGACGAAUACGACAAAUGUGGGGAACCAAUAUUUGGGAAGGGAAAAAAUUUCCCCGAGCCUGUAGUUGUCAUAGAAACUAAUCAAGGAUGGACAACUAAAUUCCACGAGGAGCCAUACAAAUCAAUGCUUUGGAAUCAAGGAUUCAACAUCUCACAUUUCACCGCAGAUGAAAUGUUUUCGAGUAUGUAUAAUCACUUAUUCAAACUUCAGCUAAAUUUGUUGAAAUUGCUCGAUGAAUUCAUAGCACGAGCGAAGUCAAAGCCAAAUGUGAAAUUAGUGUGCGCUCAAAUCCGAAGUGGGCUUAAUCCAUCAAUACCAGAAGAAUCAAGGAUACGAAACAAGGAUGAAUGGUUUCCAGUACUUUGGGAUUUUUUAUCUUUAUAUAACGACUCGUCAAAAUAUUCUCUUUUCGUAACAACUGAUUCUCAACAAAUACGAGAAAACUCUCAAAAACUUUUCCCGGAUAUUAUUUUGGACACUGAUGGUGAUAUCACUCAUAUUGAUAGAUUUCGCAACAAAACCAAAGCUUGUGAAGGAAUGGAAAAAACGAUUCUCGACUUUAGUAUUCUUGCAAAUUGUGACAUCAUCAUCGUCAGCAGAAGCAAUUUCGGCAAAUAUGCCUCUCAGCUUCGGUCGCCUGGGUCUAAGCUUUAUACAUUUCAUGAAGGGAUAAUUCACGAAGGGCCAGAAGGAAGUAUGGAAGGCAAGGUGUUUAAUAGAACCACGAAAGCAUUUACGGAUGACUGUAACAAAGUGAUCUGUCCAACAGUGCCAACAAAAUGUGAGAACAAAUGAACCAAACUACAGUUGGAACAAAUGUAACUUAAGAAUAUAUCUGUCAAUCAUAUUCAGAUGUCAAAAUACAAAUUAAAUGUGGUUUUGAGAAUAUUCCUUCGUUACAGGAAAA